AUGGAAGAAGAGAGGAGGAAUCAACAGAGUAAGCAGAAAAAGGGAAGAGUUCACAGCAGCCUUUUGCCUGAAAGAUAUCCAGAAGCUGACACUCAGACCUCCACUGUGGAUAGGAGCACUCGGCUCUGCAAGAGGCUCUCCAGUGUGGGAGUGGGGAGACCAAAGCUUUCCCAGCAAGGCACACAGAAGGUUUGUCCACACUCCCGGCGCCGACAUCGCACCAUCUUCAGCCCAGGACAGUUGGAGCAGCUGGAGUCAGCUUUUGGGAGGAAUCAGUACCCUGACAUCUGGGCCCGUGAGGGUCUGGCCCAGGUCACAGGCCUCAGUGAAGCCAGGAUCCAGGUCUGGUUCCAGAAUCGCAGAGCUAAGCAGCGAAAGCAAGAGCGAUCACUUCUUCAGCCGGUAGCCCAUCUACCUCCUGCCACCUUCUCUGGCUUCUUGCCUGAGUCCUCUGCUUGCCCCUAUUCCUACUCAACACCACCUCCACCAGUUGCCUGCUUCCCUCACCCCUAUCACCAGGUCCUUCCUGCCCCAGCCAACACUCCCUUUGCUCCGCCACAUCAGUCUGAUGAUUGGUACCCGACCUUGCAUCCAACUCCUCCAGCUCAUCUAUCCUGCCCUCCACCUCCACCCAUGAUUCCCCUCAGCCUAGAACCACCCAAGUCCUGGAACUAA